AUGUCCUGCCUGCGGCGCCAGCCUGUCACCAUCCCCAUGGAUACGGUCAAAAUCAUCCAAUCAGAGAAGUUUCCGAGGGAGUGCCCUGUGCCAGUCACCCAGCCCUGCUAUGCCCCGCCCCCUCGAGUGGCCUGGGACGGCGGUGGAGAGGGAGAGAUCAUUGUGAACCAGGCCUGCAGUGACCUCAGCCUGGCCCCUGUGGCCCCCAUGAUCAGAGAAGCUCCCAUGAUCAGAGAGGCCCCCAUGAUGCUCAUGCAUAAACCCAGUGCCAACGAAAUGUGCUACCAUCAGUUUCACUACAACAUGGAGGACGUUAUUGUGAACCAGUACGUGCUGCGCUCGUCCUCCACCUCAUCCUCCACCUCGUCCUCCACCUCGUCCUCGGGCCCCGUCCUUCCAUGUGAGCCCCUGGACUGUCCCACCUGUGGACACACCUAUAACUUCACAGGAAAACGCCCUCGGAUCCUGUCGUGUCUGCACUCUGUGUGUGAGGAGUGUCUACAGAUCCUCUACGAGUCCUGUCCCAAGUACAAGUUCAUCUCGUGCCCCACGUGUCGCCGUGAGACGGUGCUGUUCACAGACUACGGUCUCGCAGCUCUGGCCAUCAACACCAGCAUCCUCAGCCGCCUCCCCACGGCCCCCAAUGGCCCCGUGCAGUGGGGGGGGGAGGGUGACCGCAGCUGUUAUCAGACAGUUCGCCAGUACUGCCAGUCAGCCUGCACCUGCCACAUCAGCAACCCCCUGUCCACAUGUGGCAUCAUGUAG